ACCGGCUUGAGCAAAAAAAAAAGGUCCUUUCGAGGAGUUCGAGGAGUGUGGAAGGAGACAAAAAUAAACUGGAAGAAAAGGAAAGCACUACGUUUGUCUCUUGAAACCAUCGACGAAGGAUCGCAACCUCUGUGAACUGAAACCGCAGUAUGUCUGCGUCCAAUUUCUGCAGUCUGAUACUUAUCUAAUCUCUUCGCUUGCCGCCACAACAAUCAAGAGCACAGAAGGUCCCAUUUCGUUUGGCGGUCGUUAUCCUUGUCCUUGGAACUGAGGAAGCGUCUUAAUAAACUGUGCUCAUUGAACGCGAAAGGAACUCGCUCCAUUCAGUUCAAUUCUGUUCCACCGUUAAUAGUAAUAACGAUCAACUAUCAGCUGAUGAUGAUGAUGCAGAAGAAAAAAAAUCGUUGGCCUCUCUCGCCUCGACCUGACCGUGCCUAACCGUGGGCUAAGGGAAAGGGAACGCAAAACUGCAACGCGAAAGGACGCGCCAGUUCAUAAAUUGUCAAUCAUUCGGCAAACCUUCGGCAUACCUUCCUGCCCCAGGCGGGAAGCUCAAGUGAACGUCGUGAUUUAUCGAUCUACCACCCAAGUGCUCUCGACCCUUAAUCAAUUUGCAAACGGGGUUUGGCUCCAAACUUCCUUUUUGAUCCGUUGAAGAAGAAAGAAAAAAAACGCGAUGAAAAUAAACGAUCUACAUGAUGGGGUUUUAUGUUUUUUUUCUUCUCGCUUUUUGGUGUUUUAAUAUCCUACUGACAUGCACUGGGGAUUGAAAGACACAGUCUGCAAGGUAUAUAUUUGAUGGUCCUUUUGCGACUCCAUCCAUUGCAAAACACUGAUUACAAUCCGAUGGAUAAUAAUGAUUAAAUUUCUUACUUCGAUUAAGGAGCUAUUGAAUUGAAUUGCUUCUUCAAAUGGAAUUUACUUCCCCAUAAAGAACUUUCAGCUUUCUUAUCUAAACGAUACAAAUAACCUUGAUGUCAGUUAUGUUUAAUAAUUAAUAUCUUAUUUUUAGAUUGAAAUGUAUUUUGACAAAACGAUUUUUUUUCCUAUUCUGAUUGGGUAGGACAAAUCCUCAAGGUCUUUUGUGAAAUAACGAUUCCAAUAGUCUUUUUUCCGAUACAAUAUGCCAUAUUGUAACAAACAAUUGGUAUAAUGAAUAAAAAUAACAGACGUCAAUACAAAGAACGUUGGCAAAUCAACGACGAAAAGCGAAGAAAAAUAUUUAUCAUACAAAUAAAACAAGUACGCCUAGCCGUACAAAGUGCAUGUCUUCAAUCGUGAUCAAUUAAUUAUCCGUCUAUCAAUAUUUUCGUUAAGCUGUAUAUCGUAACAUGGAUUUCAUUUAGUUACAAAAGUUCCACAAAAAAAAAAUCAGCACAAUUGCACAGAUUACAUGCUGCCCAACAUUCUGAGUAAUCAUUUGCAAACCAUCCUUAUGUGCUAAUUAGUUAAAACAUAUCCACAUUGCGUCGCUCAAUGCGUUCCAAUUGUUUCGUCUAGUUUCCCUACUUACUAUCGAUGACUAAUAGUGUGUAAGAAACCCCGACGAUCAUCUAGUGGAAGUCAUUGCGAGAUUCUAAAAUUCCAGCGAACAUAUUCGGGUGACAAAUGUUAAAAGGAAAUGAAUCACAUGUUCCCCUGUCUGCUUUACCGGUAGCGUCAAAGGUGUGAAUCGAAAGAUCGGUCGAGAUCAAAUAAAUACACGAUCAUACCCGCAGUACAGUGUUAGUCUUUGGCGUUGUGUCGAUAGUGAAGGAAGAAGUACGAAGAUAAAGUGUUGCUGAUAUAAACUUAAGUUGGUGAUUAUUUCGCGAAAGUUCAACAUGUUGCAUAAAGUUAUUAUCACUCUUUUGGUUUGUGCCGCUACCGUACUAACUGUAGUGUAUAGUGCACCAAAUCAACUUAUUCGAGAAACAUCACCGCAUGGAUAUGAAGAUCGACACUUAGCUACAAAUCUUCCCGCCAACUCAUUAACACAUACGAACGAUCCCGAACGAACGGUGCAUAAUGGAGACGCAUCGCACGAUACUCAGCAGAAUGAACCAUCACGUACCAAACGAGCCAUAAUCUUUCGGCCACUGUUCGUGUAUCGACAGCAGGAAAUUAAGAAGCAAAAAUUGAAAGCAAUGCGUGAACAGCAGCAACAAUCGCUACAGCAGAAUCAACAGCAGCAACAACACACUGUAGCAUCAGCUGCCUGUGCUGCUUGCCAACAUUAUCAACAGCCCACCUCCAGAAAGCCGGUCAGAUAUUAUGCACAGCAAUAUCCGUACCAGCGGUGGUAGCAAAAGGAUGGUUGUAUAAACAAUAAUUUGACCGUAUGCGAAAAUCAUGACUAACGAGAAUCUCAUUAUCAUGCACGUACCAAACACAAGUGGCGUACAUGUGGGAUGAUUGUGUUUGUUAUUUAUUGUGAGUUCAUUUUGCCGCUGUAACUUAUUUAUUCAAUAAAAUACGAUGUAAUCCA